AUGUUUAGGUAAAUAAGUUAAUAGUUACUUAAGUUAGGAUUAAAUGGGGCUAAAUCCUAGCAAUUUUAGUAGUUAACAUUUUUAAAUAGAUUUAGAUGCUCCAUAGAAAACUAAAAAAGUUAGUAUUAUAAAUUGCAUGAAGUUUAAUUUAUCAAACUAGGUGAUACAAGAGAUGAGUGUGAUCAAUUAGUGCAAAGUCAAUAUUUUAACGAUGCUAUUGAAGAUAGAAUGAAGUUUAUGGAAAACAAGCUUGGUCUAAAUAAAUGUGUUGAAUUUAAGUACAAGUUGAAUUAUAUUAUGUAACUCAGAGAUAAAGAAAUGUAUCAAUAAAAAAAGAUUAUUGAGUUAAUCCAAAUAGCAGUCAAAUACAUGCAGAAGCAAAAAAUUAGAUUUGAAAAACUAGAUGAUAAAAAUCAAUAGCAGUUCAUAUACUUUUUGAGAAAUUUAAAUGAAUUAAUGCUUUAUAUGAAUAUUAUUAACCCAAAUAUUUGGAGAGAGUAUUUUGAGUGCAUAGUAGUUGUUUCCAAAAUUAAAGGAUAUAACUACCAUUUCGUUCAAUUAUUGAAUUCAGUAGAUGUAUUUUGCAAGAAGUUUUACAAUGAAAGCAGCGACUUAUUCAGGUCAAUGGUCGUUUUCAAAGAAGAGGAUCUUGUAAAUAUAAUUUCUCCUAAGUUAAUUCUAUAAUUGCUAAGCAAUUUAGAAAAAUGUCCAAUUAAAGAUCCCAACCCUAAGUCUUAUGUGUUAACUCUCUACCACUUGGCAUCAAUUAUUUGGAAAAUCUAAAAAUCUCAUCAAACAUUUUUUUCUGGAUACCACCGCAAUUAAUUCUUUGCUUCUCAAUAGCAAAAGACUAUAGAAGUUCUUUCUAAUAUCUAAGAAAUAGAUUUAGCUAUGAGUUUAUAUUAUUCAAUAGGAAUCACAGGAGCUAUAAACGAUGUAUUGUAAUAAAGUUUCAAUAAUUUCUUCAUCUCAAAGAAAGAAUAGCUUCAAAAAUAAGAAAAUGUUGCAGAAAAAAUUAUUGAUUUAUGGGUAAAAACAGGAAAGGGGUCUUAAGAGCUUUACGAUAUUAUUGAAUCUUUCAGAAUUUAAAAGAUUCUAAAAAGCAAAGAUAUUGCUCAAAUACUCAGAUGGCUAUUAAUAUCUCCCUCUACCAAUGUGAAAAUAAAACCUUAAAUUGUCAAAGAAAUAUUUAUACAUUUAACAAAAGAAAGUGAUUCCUUUAACAAUAUUUCUUACUUUUAAAUAGAUAUUUUAUUUAAUGUUCUAUGCUACUACUAUUCUUGUAUGCCAGAAGCUAUUAAUUAAGAUUUCUUUAACUCUUCCAUAUUUUAAUAAAUUCUUGACCACAUGAGAGCUGGUUAUUUGAUUGAGUAAAAGUAAGGUGAAAGUAGAGAGAGUAUUAUCAACUUAAAAGGAGUUAUUGAAAAUAUCAAAUCUGAGAUAAAAAAUCAAACAGGCAUAAAAUUCAAUUAAGAAUAUAAUUUAGAAUCUAAUCAAAAACACUUAAAGCAAGAAUUAAUUAGUCUGAAUAGUUUGAUGUAUUGGUUAAAAUAAUAAAAUUUAGAAGACGAAUUCAUAAUAUUAACAAACUAAAAGAUUUAUCUAUAUGAAAUUGAUAUCCUUUUAUACUCAAAAAGACUAGAUAAGCUUAUUGGUAUAGAAAUCACAGGAAAAAAUUAUCAAAAUGUUGAUGGAUCCCUAAUAGGAAAAAGGAAUCUAAAAAACAAAAUAUUUUAACUCAACGGACUGCCACUUGCUUAUUUCGAUGUUUCUGAAGAGGAAAUCUUUAAUAAUCACAUAUCUUUAUCAGUAUCUAGAAAAAAAUCUAAAAUUAAAAUAGCAGAAGAACUCUUUUAAAUUAUAGAAAACUUACUCGAGUAUUAAUAUCCUAAGAAGGAGUUAUCAGAUUAAAAAAAGUUUAUUCUAAAAUAGGAUGUUCAAUAAAUUAAUGUUUAGUAAAUAUGA